GCGGUCGCUGGCAUUGGGACGCCGAGGAAGAGGAAGACUUCUUUGCAGCCCCUGCCGGCGACAGGAGCCACGAAGAAGUUUCGUCAGUCGCGCAUGGAGGACUCGUUCGAUCCAAAAUGGCAGCAGGACUUGGACGCGUAUUUCCUGCAGUGGUUCUAUAUCAGCGACAUCCCGUUUCACGCGGCGAGGAGGCCAGAGUACAACACGUUCAGGAGCCACCUCGCGACAUGUCCCCCUCGGGUGCAUCCGUCUCUGCCCAACCAUCGCCUCAUCUGUGGCGAUGGUAUUGUCCUGCAGCACAAGGAUGUUGCGGAGAUGCUGGCGAUGCUCGAGAGAGAUGUGGCGGCGACAGGAGCGACCAUCCUCACGGACGGUCGCAAAUCCAUCACUGUUCAUCAGAUAGUCAACUUUUUGGCAGUCGGAUCUUCAGGGGCGUACCUGUUGAGGACAGUGCAGAGGGACGGGGCUGAGCAGGACACGACGCGGAGGAGGCAUAUGUUGGAGCCUGCUCAUUGCAUGGCCCACCUCCUCAACCCGCGCCACAGGAGUAUUGCUUACUUUGAGGGGGCACAAAGGACAAAUCAGGAGAGGGAGUUGGCAGAGGAGGCCGACAUUUACAGGCAGCUGUAUCAGGAUUUGAGGACAACUUUGAGGGAGUUCCACAAUCGAGAGGGCAAUUGUGCGUAUGGCGGUCGCGACGGGGAUCGAGAUCCGGAGAGUUGCAGGGGGGAGGAGACAUCGGCGGUUGCUAAGUGGUGGGUGCAGUGGGGGGACGGUGUUCCUUUGUUGCAGAGUAUCGUUGUUCGCCUGAUGCUCACGUGGACAUGUGCCUCUCCAGGACCUGCGAAGAGGAACUGGAAUGUCCACCCGCUCGUUCAGGUGAAGCGGCGAAAAAAGCUUGGUUUUACCAAGCUCACUCGUUUGGUGGAGAUAUCCACCAAUUUGAGACUGCUUCGAUGCCACACGAGGGGUGUUGGGUACGUCCUCCCAUGGGAGGACGAGGACAUCGUCACGCAUGAGAAGAGACCGGAGCCCCGUGACUCGAGAGUCCGCCCCGCGGACAAGGUCUCUGAUGAGCAGCUGGACAGGAAGGUGCGGAAGGGGCGAAAGGAUUCCCUCACUCGACAGCCUGCGAGCGUGGAGAGAUACUUUGGCAGCCAAGCGACUAUUCUUCUGCCACAUGAGAAGGAGUCGGUGUACGAUCCCGAGCCCAACCCUCUCGCGCAGGAUGAGAUUGAGGAGGAGUCAUGGUCAGAUCUUGAUGACCUGGAUGUGGAGUCGGGCCGAUCAUCCGACGAUGAUGUCCCCCUGACACGGAUGCGACGUGAGAUGCGAGAGUCGACCUCGACCCGUCCUCGCCUUUCGCCUCGAAUGCGAGAUAGUGCUGCGCCUGGACCUGCGGCGGUUGGCAGGCCAGGUCGUGCAGAUGCACAGUGUCAGGGCCCGUCCAUUCGACAACGACAACACGCAUCCAUCGACUCGGACAGUGACGAUGAUGGCAGAGGGUAUGAGGGCAGCAACGAGUUUGACGAGGAUAUGGAAUUCAGGAGGGGUGCGGACGAUGCCACACUAGGAGGUGAUGAGGGUCCUCGAGACAUUGCUGCCGAGGGGCAAGAGGGUCAGCGACGUUCUGUGAGAUUGGUGGAGGAGAGAGCUCGUGGUGCGAGGGGGUCAGCCAGGGGAGGAGGAGACGGAGGAUUGGGGGGUCAGAUUCCACUUUCACCUCAAAGAGGGAGAUCCGAGGCUGCCCACCGCCAUUCAGCCUCUGCGGAGGACUUAGCCACCACGACCGUUUCGUUGACCGAUUUCUUGGGCAUGUCCAUGGGACCUCCUCCGACCACCGUUGAUGCUGGACAGACCUCAGUUCCCGCGGACGAGACACCUAUCAGCCAGGUUGAGAUGGACGUCGAGACGGAUGUGGACGGGAGGGACCGAGAGGAGAGACAGCGAGCGUUGGCGCUUGCUCAGUCCUGCCCUGUGACACAGGAUAUCAGAACGAGCUUGGAUGCUGCUCGCUCCCUUGAGACAGGAGUCGCACACGUCGCCACAACGGACCUUCGUGAGACGUGCGGUGCGAGGGAGCGGACACAUGCUGUCGAGGACGUUCGGGAGGGGGAGGACCCCCGACCUGCGCAAGGUGAUGGCGGAGUUUGCGGACCGGGACUUGACCCCGUUCGCGGCGAGGAUGAUGAUGCGGAGGGAGGUGGUGAUCGGGCUAUCGGUGGAGGGGAUGCACCUCACGGAGGAUCGGAUGCGGUCGGUUAGCAUGAUGCAUGCGAGAAGGACAGACAAACCACCGGUGGAGGGCAUCCGGCAGA